AUGACCCACAGCCGUUCGACUGCGCAUGCGUUGGAUAGGUUGCCACUUCCUGAUGACGAAAUGCUUUACGCUUCCAAUUUUUCCGUCUCAGACUUUUGGCGAAUUCGAUCUCAAAUAGAGUUCUCGAACAACUGGUUCGGAUCCGCGAGUGUCUGUAUUCUCGUUCUCGGAUUCUGUCUUAUCACUUUGUUUGGGACUUUCGGAAAUGCUGCAAUGUGCUAUAUCAUUAUCAAAAAGAAAAAUCUCAAAUCGUGUCGAAAUUGGUACAUUAUGAAUCUAUCUCUUUCGGACAUUCUCACGUCCGUGCUAUGUAUUCCCUUCACUGUGGUACGGCUGAUUAUGAAGCACUGGCCACUUGGUGAAAUCGUGUGUAAAGUUGUGCCUAGUUUACAGACGAUUUACGUCUUCGUAUCCACCUUCACUAUAGUACUGAUAGCAGUGGACAGAUAUAGAGCCAUAGUGCAGUGCGCAAAUGCCAGUCGUGAUCGAACACGCCUAAUGUAUAUAUUCCCGAUGGUGUGGAUGGUUUCAUUCGCUUUGGCACUUCCGAUGUUCAUUUUUCAUGAGGUCGAAGAUGUAUAUAUUACUAAAGGAAUAUUUUUGUUCUCAUCUUGCUUAGAGAACUGGGACUCGGACAUCGCCAGAAAAAGUUAUGCCUCUGUCGUUUUAGGAAUACACUUUAUAUUUCCAAUGAUCGUCAUUGUCUCUUUGCAUAUCCUCAUUUGUAAAUUUAUACGAACUCAUAUAGAAUCGAAACCAUCAUAUUCUCGAGAACUUCACCGAAGUAGACGCAAUCUAUUACGACAGAGGAAAAAUAUAAUCCUUUUGACAUCCAUUGCAGUAUCUUUUGCUAUCACAUGGCUUCCGCUUACACUCACAAAUCUCUUGGCAGAUCUCAACUACCAACUCUUUACUGGGAUUAAUUUUAACUGGUUAAAAGCUAUCUGUCAUUUACUAGCUAUGAGCUCGGUAUGUAUCAAUCCUAUAAUCUAUGGUUGGUUCAACUCAAACUUCAGACGGGAAAUUAAAGCCAUGAUGUGUCGAAAGCGACGUGAAAAGGAUAACGACAACUUGUUAAUGGGCUUGACGGGACCUAAGUCCUCGCGAUGUCGAGAUAGGAUUGAACUUGGAGUGUAUGGCUUCAUGCCUACAAGAACAGACAUUCGAACAAUGGAAAUCCGGACGGCCGAAGUACGUCCUGCUGAAACGCCUCACGAGGAAAACUUAACUCCGUUUCCAGCAGUCUCGAGAUGA